AUGUUCGUCCUGCGAAAUGCGGCAAAACUGCUCUUCGGCUCCGGCAACCAAGAGUCCAUGAUCGAGCUGCCCCAGGGCCAGCUGUACCUCGUUCGACCCCUCUCACCCAAGGGCUAUUCCGAGCUCAUUUUCAAGGAUUCUGCGGCUCGAAUCCGCCGUACCGCCCAGGACUUUCACUACCAGCUAGUCGUGCAACGUGUCUACGAGGAAGGCGAAGCAGAGCUGCUUGCGGAAGAGGAAGGAGAGGAUGCAGAGAUCGAAGGCUUGACCGCCGAACGAGACGAAAAGACUUUCCUCCUUGACGAAGCGUUGCACUUCCGUGUGGAGAACCGAGAGGGAUCUGAGAGGGUCCUGUGCUGGAGAGACCUGAGCGGCGACGCUGGCGACGUGUAUGAGUUUGUCUGCGACACAUCCGUCUCCCCGGCCCAAGUCGACCAGUUCCUGCUCGUUGCAAGGCAGUGCCAGUACGAACGCAAGUACCGAAAACCGCACACCACCGCGGCCGACGACGAUUUCGAGCAAUUCGAGUUCGACGAACAGCCCAUCCCACCUGCGAGCCCCCUUCACAGCCCGACCCUCACUCGGUCUAUCGAGUCGUCCGACUCGAUGUUCUCUGGCAAGCACACCGCCAAUACUGGCGUCAAGCGCGAGACUCAUACCCAGGUGCAGGCGCAGGAGGUUACGCCUCCCAAGCCCGAGAAGAGCAUGCUUCCACCCAAGGCUGCAACCCAGCCCGAGGCUACGGAGAUCCUGACGGCCGAAGUUGCAGAGCUGCAUUUCUUUGACUUCCCGUCAGGCUCUUUUGUCCUGCAAGACCCCUCCGUGACAGCCACGGUGACAGAAGUUGGAAAGUGGCAAUACUGGCUACAAGUCGGGAGCAGCGAUCGCGACUGGCUCGGCAUCCCCGUGAUUGCCGACAUCAACCCUGUUUUCAAUUUCGAAUUUCUGUCCUUCAUCUUCAAUCAGUUCGCUGACGACGGUUCCGCCUACUCUUGGCUGCUUCGAUUUAAGGACCAGGCCACUCUGGAGAGGUUCCAAGAGGGUCUGCUUCGAGCACUCUGGGAACAACUGAACGAGGUCAAAUGGACAAAGGUCAAGGAACAGGACCGUGACUACGUCGCCGAUGCCUUCAAUGACCUGACAAUGGAGGAUGCUGAUGAGGUCGAACCCGAGAUCCAAGAAGAAGAAGAGGAGGAGGAAGAGGAGGAAGUCGAUGACGAUCGCGACCAGAGCGAGCACUACGACAGCGAUGAAGAGGAAGAUGACGUCGAGACGAAGCCCAAGGACAGCGCCACCAACAAGUCUCUCGCUGUUGGCUACAAGCACGAUCGAUCAUUCGUGGUUCGCGGCUCUCAGAUCGGCGUUUUCAAACACACGCCCAACAACAAACUGCAGUUCUCAACCAACAUCUCCAAGAUCGAGACACCUAAGGGCAAGCUCUUCAGUCCCAAGAAGGUCAUGCUGCACAACGAGGAUCGCAACAUGAUCCUGCAGCACGAGACCGAUCCCAACAAGCUAUACCGGAUGGAUCUAGAGUAUGGCAAGGUCGUUGAUGAGUGGAAUGUCCACGAUGACAUCCCUGUUGUCACCUUUGCUCCCGAGAACAAGUUUGCGCAGAUGACCCAUGAGCCAACCUUCCUCGGUAUCUCGAAGAACGCGCUCUACCGCAUUGACCCCCGUCUGGCUGGCACUAAGCUGGUCGACUCCCAGCUGAAGCAAUAUGUUUCCAAGAAUGACUUCUCUGCCAUGGCAACAACCGAGAAGGGCUAUAUUGCCGUUGCCUCCAACAAGGGUGACAUUCGUCUGUUUGACCGCCUCGGCAUCAAUGCGAAGACUCAUAUCCCCGCCCUGGGUGAGCCGAUCAUCGGCCUUGACGUAUCGGCGGACGGACACUGGGUCCUCGCCACUUGCCGAACAUAUCUUCUCCUCAUCGACGCCAUGCAAAAGGCAGGCAAGAACGAGGGCAAGCUUGGCUUCGAGAAGUCUUUCGCGGCCGACUCGAAGCCCCAGCCGCGUCGUCUGGCGCUUACCCCCGAGCACGUGGCUCAGUUCGCCUACGAGACCGGCAAGGGCGUCUCCUUCACGCCGGCCAAGUUCAACACGGGCGAGGGCUCGGAGGAGACGGGCAUCAUCACGGCCACGGGGCCCUACGUCAUCGAGUGGAGCCUCAAGAAGGUGCUCAAGGGCAUCAAGGCGCCGUACAUGAUCAAGCGCUACACGGACGAGGUCAAGGCCGACGACUUCAAGUACGGCUCCGACAAGAACAUCAUCAUGGCGCUGCCGCACGAGGUCAACAUGGUCGACAACAAGGCGCUCAAGCGCCCCACCCGCGAGAGCAUUGCCGGGACCCUCCUCGCUGGUGCCGGUGGCGGCCGGCGGAGCUCGGGUCGUAUCAGCGGCCGGGCGAGCGGCCGGUACAAGCUGGGCAAGGACGACGUUGUCGACUCCCCUUAUUAA